UUCCUUCUUUAUUUUUUUAUGCCUUCUCUAUUUAUUUUCCAAUCAUAGAAACAUAACACAGCAUUUAUUGGCAGUUGGGAGGCAGGAGGGAGAUUUUGUUUCAGGGAGAGAGAGAAAGAGAGAGAGAGAGAGAGAGGCUCUUUGCUAUUUUUGUAAAGUUCAUGUUUACUAAUUUUCUUUUGUUUCUGUUUUUUCAAUUCAUAACUUACUAGAUUAUCUUCUGGUUUUCUGGGUUUUGUUCCUGUUGUUUUUUCUUUCUUUUUUAUUUUUGGGUUUUUUCCCUUCUCCUUGUCUUUCUUUCUCUCUCAAAAUCAAUUGGGGGCUGGCACAUAAAAGCAUAUUAGGGUUUAUCAAUUGCAGAUCAAAGCCCAAAAAGCUCAGAUUUUCUAGGGUUUUCUCUAUCAUUUUUCGGAUCUCUCCAUUCUUCAUCUUGCUAAUGUAAGUUUGUUUCCUCUUCUGUUUCUGUUACCCUUCAAUUCAAAAUCAGAAAGUGUAUGAAAUUUCCUGUUUCUCAAUUGUGACGUCUAGAUAUGUAGUGUUACAUGCAUAGACUCGUUUAUAUGUCUCUUCUCGAGUUCUUUCUGUAGCGUCGUUUCGUUUUUAUAUGUGCAAUUUGGAUUGGGGUUCUAUCGAUUGGCUAUGAAAAUGCCUUCGUUUUGAGGUGUUUUAAGUUGAGAGCUUUGAUUUAUUGCUGAGUUAAAUUAGGAUUAGUGCUUGGGUUAGGGUUAGGGCUUUUCUUGGUAGAUAUGAUCAAACAGAUAUUGGGCAAGCUACCUCGAAAACCGUCAAAAUCAUCGAAUAAUGACUCAAACAAUGAUGGUGGGGUCAAUGCCUUUUCUUCUCUAAAUUCUUCCCACGGACCCAAUUCCAUAAACAGCUCAAAGGCGUCCUCCAUUGCUUCGAAGUCUGCUAGUUCGGGUUUGGGCGCUUCGCGCGUGAACAAUGGGACCAUUGCACCACAGAACAAAUCUAAUCAAGGAAAAAAAUCUGCCGCCGUUGCAGGCCAAGUGGGUCCGAUGUUGGCUUCUGGGGUUUACGAGCCAUUGCCUAAUUUCAAGGAUGUUCCUAGUUCGGAGAAGCAGAAUCUCUUUAUUAGAAAGUUGAACAUGUGCUGUGUUGUGUUUGAUUUUAGUGAUCCCUCUAAAAAUCUUAAGGAGAAGGACAUUAAAAGGCAGACUUUGCAUGAACUUGUUGAUUAUAUUUCUUCUGUGACAUCAAAGUUCAAUGAGGUGACAAUGCAAGAGAUUACAAAGAUGGCGGCAGCUAAUUUGUUUAGAACACUUCCAUCUGUGAAUCACGAUAACAAGAUUCUGGAAAUGUAUGACCCAGAGGAGGAUGAACCGACCAUGGAGCCCGCAUGGCCUCAUCUUCAAAUUGUGUACGAGUUUCUUCUUAGAUUUGUGGCUUCAACAGAAACUGAUGCCAAGCUUGCAAAGAGAUACAUUGACCAUUCGUUUGUGUUGAAAUUGCUAGAUUUGUUUGAUUCGGAGGACCAAAGGGAAAGGGAGUAUUUGAAGACAAUACUGCAUCGCAUUUAUGGGAAAUUUAUGGUGCAUCGGCCAUUUAUUAGAAAAUCUAUAAACAAUAUCUUUUACCGUUUCAUAUUUGAAACAGAAAGGCAUAAUGGGAUCGCUGAAUUGCUUGAGAUAUUGGGCAGCAUAAUUAACGGGUUUGCUUUGCCAUUGAAGGAAGAGCACAAGCUCUUUCUAGUCCGUGCCCUGAUUCCACUUCACAAGCCCAAGUGUGUAUCGAUGUACCAUCAACAACUUUCAUAUUGUAUCACUCAAUUUGUGGAAAAAGAUUUCAAGCUUGCUGAUACUGUAAUUAGAGGUCUUUUAAAGUAUUGGGCCAUAACUAAUAGUUCGAAGGAGGUUAUGUUCCUUGGUGAGUUGGAGGAAGUUUUAGAAGCCACUCAGGCAGCAGAGUUUCAGCGAUGCAUGAUUCCCUUAUUCCGUCAAAUAGGUCGCUGUCUCAACAGCUCACAUUUUCAGGUGGCUGAACGUGCAUUGUUUUUGUGGAACAAUGAUCACAUAAGGAAUUUGAUCACACAAAACCGUCAAGUGAUACUGCCUAUAAUCUUCCCUGCUUUAGAGAGAAACACAAGGGGUCACUGGAACCAAGCUGUUCAGAGUCUGACACUGAAUGUGAGGAAGAUAUUUUCAGAUGCCGAUCAAGAACUUUUUGAUGACUGCUUGGUUAAAUUCCAAGAAGAUGAAGUAAAGGAGAGAGAAAUACAGGAGAAGAGAGAAUCAAUAUGGAAAAGAUUGGAGGAUGUGGCAGCCUCUAAGGCUGUAAGCAACGAGGCUGUGCUUGUCUCAAGGUUUGCCUCUGCUGUUGCAAUUACAGCUGGGACAGGUCCAUGCGCUACUGCAGGUAGUUGAGAGGCUCGGUGGGUGUAACUGUUGUGAGUUUACCCUUGUUUGUAGUUGAAUGGUAGAGGGGACCUCAUUGGCAUGAUAAUGGAAAUUGUUGCUUGGCCUCUUUUCGCCUGUGUUUCUCAAAUUCAUCUUAUCAACAGGACAAGUGCAGGCAGGGUUCUGAGGUAACAGGUUAAUCCUAUUUUUUGGGUUCUGGGUUCAUUCUGCUUUAUUUUCUCUUCAACCGUUAAAGUGUAAGUGUGUGUAUUAUAAGGGAUUUGAUUUAUAGAGGCAGUGCUUCAGAUUUCCUAUCUGAUAAUAUUUAUUUCCUGUAAUGAUGCAAAGAAUAUUUUUCCUUCA